AUACGGACCACCCCUCGGUGGUUUGCCAGUGGUUCAGUCAGCGCUUCGCACCGGCGUCGCUUCUCUGCUGGUCGGUGAUUUGUCUCGGUCACAGCCUCGUGCGGAUAAUCGCGUGGUUCAUGUCGCAAGAUCAAUGAGAGAAAGACGUGUGCUUCGCGGGAACAAUAACAAAGAGAUCGUCACGGGUGCUGCAAUCCGAGAGGUAUCGACAGCAUCGUUCGGAACAGGAGUGAUUUCGCCUCUUCCGGUUAAACUGGAGGGCGAAGACAAAGGAUCGCCGCUUGCAAAGUCGAUGCCGCUUCGUCUCGUGGGUGUUUAAGAGAGUGACUUCCACUUGAAGUGAGGGAAGAAGGAUCAAGGAUACGGGACUCGAGGGAAAAGAAAGAAGAGGUAACGCAACGAGGACCUGAACGGGUCCUUAACAGCAACUGCUGUGCAUGUCUCAAACCUCGUUACGAAAUUUUUCACCUCACGAAGCUCUGCCUACGUCCCUGAGCUGGAGGCGUGCGGCCGACUCGUGUGCUGCGCGCAGAGGCUGUGCAGAAGCGGAAGCGCAACAGAGGAGGCCGAGCAACGAAUCAAUCGAGGGCGAAGGGGUGCACAGGCGGGCCCCGAGUUGGAGGGGCCCUCAGGCUCGGAGGAUGGCAUCCUUCCGAUCCCGGUCAGCCCCAGCCCCGCGUCCACGUCCUCGCAGGAGGACGCAUGCAAACCACCACCCCGCAAUUGCUAUCGUCUGGUUAUGCUCGGUAGCGCGAGAGUUGGCAAAACGGCCAUUGUAGCACGAUUUUUGUCCAACAAGUUCGAGGAGAGUUAUACGCCAACGAUCGAGGACUUCCAUCGAAAGCUGUACAGGAUUAAAGGCGAGGUCCAUCAGCUUGAUCUUCUGGACACGAGCGGGAAUCAUCCGUUUCCGGCCAUGCGACGAUUAUCCUUCUUAACAGGAGACCUGUUCGUGGUGGUGUUCAGUUUGGAUUGUCGAGAAUCGUUCGAGGAGGCCAUCAGACUGCGUGAAUCGAUCCUGGAAACUAAAGUAAGCGCGACCCAAAGUGCAACGAAGAGCAGGAGCAAGAGUCACUUCAAUUUGAAGGUUCCUAUGGUCAUCGUCGGAAAUAAAUGUGAUAAAGAUACGAAAAUAGUUACGGUUGAAGAGGCUGAAGAGUACUGCAACAGUCAGGACGAUUGCUGCGUAUUCGUGGAGGCGUCCGCGAAGAGGAACUACCACGUGGAGGAGCUUUUUUACCAACUGUUCGUAGUGGCAGGUUUGCCGUUGGAAAUGGCGCCGAAUCAUCACAGAAAGGUCCCACUCACUUUCGGAUCUCCGACCAUGUUACCACCGUCACAGCCAAGGCACAAAGCCACCCUGAGUAUAAAGCGACGGUUGAGCGACGCCUGCGGCGUCGUGGCGCCCAACGUACGCCGGCCAAGCAUCAGAACGGAUCUGAUGAUUAUGAGAACGAAAACGUGCUCCCUGGCAGCCGGGAAUGAGAACAACGCGCCUGGAUCGAGGAUCACCCUGCGUACAGACGCCAGAAAGACGUGCUCCAUUCAGUGAUAUCCCUGCUGUCGAAACGAAUAAGAAUUCGAGACGAAUAUAAGAAUCCGAUCCUCGUUAAAGAAACACGAUUCCCUCGAUCACGAUCGAGCAAUCGUGGAUCGAGCAUUGUAUCGUUAUCUUUCUCUCUGUCUUUCUCUCUUUCUCUCUCUCUCUCCCUCUCUUUCUUUUAGAAAAAGGAAGAAGAGAAACGAUUUUGAACUUUGAUGCUCGUUCACGAGAGGAUGUGGAGGAGGAUGAAAACGUGAAGUAUCUGGCAGUAUUUGCGUUUUUUCACAUUAAUAAUCGUGUAUAAUGAAGUAGGGGCGAGGAAUCGUGAAGCGAGGAUCGUGGAGGAAAAGGGAAAACGUUUAAACCGACCACGCCGCUCGCCUUAAUUAAUUAAAGAGAUAGGUCUAGCAUAGGGUCCCGGAAGUGAGACGUAUAUUAAUAAGAUACAAUCGGGAGGAUCGUUUGUUAAGAUUAAUCAAUCGACAUCGAUCGAAAAGGGUGCACGAAAGGGUGUAAUUGCGGUUAGGGAGACGAAGGGGAUAAGAGAUAAACGUUCUCGUGAUAAACAUUCGGAUCUUUUUUGAGGAACAGUCGACCAUUCUUGUAUACUCUGAGCGAAAUAUUUGUCGAACUAUUUAUUAUUUACUUUUUUACUCGAACGAAGUUUGAAAUCGAAGUAUGCUUUGAAACUUGUUCGAUUAUACGUACAGUGAUUAGAUGGAAAAAUAAUAAUUCUAUUUUGAAUUAAUUUGAUCGAGAUAAUAAUUUGAUUUCGAAACAGAAGAUCGAUAUUUACUGUCCUCGUAAUUUGUUCAAAUGGUCGACUGAUCGUGACGCUUGGAUUCUAUUUAAGCAUGAUCGUUAAGCCGAUACGAACCAAAUACGUGUAUACGUGUAUAUAUAAUUAAUUUAUUAUUAUGAAACGCGAUGGCACACUAUUGUAUCGAAUAUGUAUGAGCAUUGGAUGCAUUUGAUCAAUCAUCGGGAAAAAUUUGAAUCAUUUGGAAAUAUCGUUCGAUAUUUCAAUAAUUACCGGCAAUUAUAAUUCGUCCAAUUUAUAAUCGAUCGAUUCGAGUUUCAUUUCCUAUCGUAUUCGUAAUUCUAAAUUGAACGACUCGACUUGUUUUUUUAACAAAGGUAAAAAAAAAAAAAAAAAUAUAUCAUCGAAAUUCGAAACGCUCUCGAAACUUUCGAAUCUUUCGUAUUCAAAUUAUUCGAACGCUUGCAACAUUAACGCACAAUGUUGCUCAACGUUGAAACAUUGUUAAUAAACUAUAUAAUAAUCGAAGCGCUAAAUGAAAAAAAGAAACAUAACGUGUGUGAACGUACACGAGACGCAUCUUUUCGUAAAACUCAUCCCUGAUUUUCGGACCAAA